AUGGCUAGACCCUUUGAGUUGGUGAAGAACAUUAACGAUACGAAGGAGCUUUGGAAAGUUGCUGUUCUUAUACAUCACAAAUGGACCGUUCUCAAUAAGAACAAGGAACAUUUUGAGUUGGUUGUCGUUGAUAAAGAUGGUUGUGACAUCCAUGUCAACGUUCCACAUCCUUUUAAACAGGCUUAUGAUUCACUUUUAACCGUUGGCAACACUUAUACAAUCUCAAACUUCCAAGUCUCUCUUAAUGAUAUGCUUUUCAAGCCUUCAGAUCACAAAUUUAUGUUGACAUUUACUGGUGGUACAUCUGUUACCGACAAGAAUAAACAUCAAAUUCCUGCAAAGCCACUUAAAUUCACUUAUUUCACUGAUAUUAUGUCUGGGAAUUGGAAAAAGGAUGUUCUAAUAGAUGUCAUUGGAAUGGUCACAGAAAUUGGCUACACCCAACUACAACAGGGGGGCAAGAAACAACAGAUCAAUCUAUCGUUGAAGGAUUUGUCUAAAAAUAGAAAGGACACAACUCCCCUCAUUAUUGUUUUGCAAUAUGCAAAAGUCAAGGAAGAAGGAAAAUAUCCAUUAUGUGUUUCUAACACCUUCAACGUUACAAAGUUGAUUCUCAAUGAUGGCUUUCCUCAGAUUAAAGAAUUUAUUGAAAGCCUACCAAAAAUCAGUGAGGCUGAAUCUUCAAGUCAGGCUUUGAGCCUGCAGUCCCAGACACUGUCUCAAUACUCAACUUCUUCUCAACACACUCUUUAUGAUAAACUAAUGUAUAAAGCAACCGUACUUCCUUUGGUUGAAAUUGUAAAACUCAAGGAGUUAGCUCAAUGUGUUACCGUUGCGACAAUAACCAAACUCAAGGCUGCUCAAGCAUCAUUUGUAAUAUGGGACCGUGAAGCUUUUCAACUUUUGAAGGUCACUGCUGCUCAGAUGCGCACUAAUUUACUUGAGGCUGGUAUUACCGACCCUCUUGAGUUCCCAGUAGCGCUUGAUGCUUUAGUUGGAAUGACCAUGGUUUUCAAGGUCAAAUGGCAACCUGAUUGGGAAAAUGCGUCUGUUUUGUCUAUAUUUGAAGAUGACAUUGUAAAAAAGGAUAUACUGCGUUCAUUUGGACAGGAAUUGCCUAAUUCCCAGAACAUGCUAACUCCUAAUGUAACACAGAACAAUGAGAGUGUUGCUGAGGCUUCACAUUUGGAUGAUUGGGACAUCAUUCCGGAAACCGAUAUUACAUUUGAUGCAUUGCCGGACCCUAUUACACCAACUUCAGCUGCUAAACGGAUUGCUCCACAUGAAUCACAUGACAUUACUCCUUUAUCUCAGACGUCUGAAGUACAACAGUCUUCCACAAAGAUGAAAAAGCAUAUCAAACUGGAGAAUUAG